UCCCGCCCGCAAAAGUGCUAACAAUUACUCAGAAUCAGCUUAAUGUAUAUUCAUUAUUUAGUAAUUAAGUCAUAAGUAUAAAGUAUUUGUAUUUACUAUUUCAGUUUCAGACUUUAAGUACAUACAUUAACGAUUUCAGUCUAAAGUCUAUACCACAAUAUAUGAUAGUACCGUCUUAAAUCGUGGUUCAUAAUAUUAUUUUUUAUCUUUUUCCAUAAAAUUUCACUACAUUACGCUUUCUGAAAUUAAUCGGUUUUACAAACAUUUACUUAUUUGUAGACAAGUUAAACUUCUUCAAACGAUUCACGUACCAAAAUCUGUUAACCGUCUUCUGUAUUUAUAUCCACUGUCUAUUUUUGACUUUUGUGAUACAAUCUUAUACAUCAAUUUUCAAUUCUGGGCAUGCCUUAUUAAUAUAUUAUGAUUACGCAGUACCAUAAUAUAAAAUAAAAAAAAGUAUCACAUGAUGCCAGGCGACAGAUGUUAUUAUUAUUAUUGGGUAGUAGUUAUAAAACUAACCAGGAAGACUGAUUUUGGUUCCAACUAGGUAGCGCCAGCAAAAACAGCAGACUACAUACUUAGUUUGUAAUUUUGAAUUUAUAGAAUGAAAAUUAAUUAAUAUUGACCCAUUUUAUUUGAAAUGGAAGCAAACAAAAUAGAUCAAGAUAAACAAUCUUUAAUGAAUAUACUAGAGUCACUAAAUCUGAGUUCAUCUGAAAUUGAUGACACCGAAUUCAAUAUUCCUAAAGUCAAUGAUAUUCCUACUGUAGAAAGUAUAUUAAAUGAUGAAGAUAUUUCUUUAUUAAGUGAAGAUGAUGUUAUUGUCUACCAAAGCAAAUUAAAAGUUCCAUGGUAUGAUUCAGGAACUGAUUCUACUUCAUUGGGUAGCUCAAGUAGUUGUCAUAUAAACACAGAACAGCUACCAAAAUGCUUAAAUUUAAAAUCAGAUCCUGGACGAAUUUUACGUCAUACAAUUCUGAAGCCUGUUUCCAAUCAAAUGCAUUCAUUUUGCGAUCGUUUUGAUGCUGGACAACCUAGUGCUAUUAAGUUUUCGCUUCUUAUUGCCAUUGGUACAAGCAAAGGUUUUAUAAUCUUAUUUGAUUCUUUACAAACAUUCCAAUGGUAUCAUGAAGCUAUAAAUUGUGGUGCAGUAUCCGCAAUAGAUUUUAAUCACGAUUGUUCUCGACUAAUUGUUGGAUACAUAAAUGGAACAAUAAUAAUGUUUGAUUCUUCUUCUACUACUUGUAAAAUACUAAGAGUCAUGAAUGAUGUACAUACUCCAGAUACUGCGGUAUUGCAUCUAAAAUUCUCAGAUUUGCCGAAUUUAGCUAUUGUGAAUAAUAGUGCUGGCUCUGUGUUUGAAUUAAAUUUUAAAAGAAAUUUUGGUAUACGUAGUGUUGAAUCAAAAUGUCUAUUUUCUGGUGGUCGUGGAAGAGUAUGUUGUAUUGAACCAUUAUUAUUCAAUCAACUAGCCAAUCAUCCUAUGAAUGGCUAUGUAAUAAUAGCAAUGGCUACUCUAUCUAAAGUAAUCAUUGUUACAAUUCGGCCAAACACUGAACUACUGUUAUCAAACAAUAUAAUUUCUUCACGUCCAUGUUUACCAUUACUAUCUUGGCAAUUUGUCAUUAUACAAUUUAAUAAAACAUUAAAUUCAAGUCAUAGAAUUAUGGACCCAGUAUUAGCUUUUACACGAGAUGAUACAGUCUACUUUUAUCAAGUUAAUAUCAAUGACCAAGAUCGUCUAUGUUGUUGUAUUUUACAAAAAAUUAAAUUAUCAUACACAAUAAUUGCAUGCAGCUGGAUGAAUGCACGUACUCUAUUGACUAUGGACUCAUCAGAUAAAGUUUAUCUUGUUGAUGUUCGUGUAGGAGAUGAAAUGGAACAGUCAGAUCUUUUAAAUAUUUCCAUAGUUUACACUUCUAGCUACUAUAAUGGCAUAGAUAGUCAGCAUUUAGAUAAAUGUUGCUAUAGUUCAGUCCAUGGACAUAAUAGCCAAUUAAUAUUGUUAGGAAAGAAGAAUGUUCAUAUUAUUAGUAUAAGAAGCUGGAUUGAACGUCUAGAUAGUUUAACAGAUAAAAAACUAUUUAGUGAUGCAUUGCAAUUAGGUGUGGAUUUUUUGGAAGAAAGAGGAAAAGCUGUUCUUGGUCUUAGAGGUACAAGAGCCCAUAGACAUAAAAUAGUUAAAGACAAGGUCAUAAACAUUGUUGCUUUAUAUAUUGAUUCUAUGGUGGAUACGAAUAACUCAAUUAAUUAUAAGGAAGGUAUUCCUAUCGUAUUUGAUAUAAGUGUACAUCUACAAAAAACAAAUCUAUUGUUUAAUCGCUUAUGGGAUGGAGUAGAGUUAAUUGAAUCUUCUUGCAAAGUUUACUUGGAAUGUCUAAAGAACUAUUUAAUUGAAGGUCAAUUUGAUGAAGUACCAACAAUUAUAGUUCAAAAGUUAUUCACAUAUCUUUCACACUCUAAUCAAUUAAAAGAAAUUGAAAAAUGUAUGCUCAAUGUAAAAGUUGAAUGCUUAGACAUUGAACAAUCUUUAAACCUAUCAAGAGCUCAUGCAUUGUAUGAUGGUCUCAUAAGUAUCUGGACAAGGGCAUUAGAAGAUUAUUUAGCACCCUUACAAGAACUUAUUCCUAAAAUUAUUCCUUUGCCAAAUGGAGAGUAUACAGAUGGUACAAUAGAACUUGGAAACAAAAUUUUGAUUUAUUUAAGUGGGUGUUUAUUAGGUAUUGCAUAUCCUAAUCAAGGUUAUAUACCUCAACAUUUACAAGAUACGGUUAGGAAUAAUAUUGUACAAUUUCUAUGCUCUCAACACAGUAUUAAAGCAAAAGACGAUGAAGAUAUAUAUCCAUAUCUUAGAAUUUUGCUCAAAUUUAACACAACAGAGUUCCUAAAUGUCUUUUCAAUGGCGUUUUCCGAUUGUCGUUUUAUGAGUCAACAAAAACAACGUAUUUGUUGUAUUUUAACAUCACUUACAAUGAACAGUAAAGAUUUAAAAUCCAAUCAACUAGGUUUAGUUUAUGCAUUUAUAGUACGUUGGCAACAAGAUGAUUGUAAUUUUAUGAAACUUGAUAAACAAGUUUUUGAAACUGUCACAUCAAAGUUGAUAUCAACAGAACAAACAACACCAAUUGAAGAUAGAGAAAAAGCAUUUAUUCAAUUAAUACGCUCUGGAGCAUUUGACAACAAUCCUGAUUUAUUGAAAAUUGCAGAAGAGGCAAAAUUUUAUACUGUCUGCAGAGAAAUUUGUUCAGAACGUGGAGAAUAUAGUCAAAUGUUCAAAUAUUAUAUACUUGAUGACUCAAACAAAUAUCAAAUAUUUUCAUUUAUUAGUUCUAAACCAGAAUAUUUUGAACAACUUUCUUAUGAUAAUUCAAAGGUUUUACUGGAAAUUGACACAGUUCAAUGCGGAGUAAUAUUUGGAUCAUUUUAUCCACACCUCGUGUAUAAUGUUUCUAAUCAGACAAAAACAAACUAUCAGAGAUAUCUUUUUUUCAAAGGUGCAAUACCGUACGUAAAUUCUGAUAUGAAACUAUGCACUUGUUAUUUGGAACUUUUAUGUCAACAUGAACCAAAUGCUGUAAUGGAUUUUGUAAAAACACAUGAUUCAUUACAUUUAACAAAAGCAAUGGCUGCAACAAAAAGAGCAGGAUUAGACAAUGUUACAGCUAUAUUUCUGGAAAGAUUAGGAGAUUUCCAAGGAGCAUUUGAUUUACUGUUUAGUAAACUACAAGAAGCCAUUUCAAAGGAAAAUGGUGUUGAAGAAUGCACUGAAGUUUUAGUGGCAUUAGCUCAAAGAGGAUCUGCUGUGCUUGAUCCUAAAAUAACAUGGCUACCAAUUUUACAAUGUCUCCUGAAUCUUCGAUCACAUGAUCACUUACAAAAAGUUUUGGAUAACAGUGAUCUUAAUUUAGCCACUGAAAUGCAUUUACUUUUGAAUAGUUCAACAAUAGCUCAGGGCACUAUUGGACAUUUUAGAAAUCUUAUAAUGGGUUUAAUUGAUAAAUGUCAGUAUGAACAAGAUAUAUUAAAGUCCUUUGAAAUGUUACUUCAUGAUGAUUUACACAGUAAAUUAGCUGAUACAAUAACUGUAGCUAAAAAAGGUGUUAGUAAUCCUAUAAUAUGUUCAUCGUGUAAUCAAAAAAUUAUUAUGGAACCAAUGUUUGUUUUCAGAUAACUAGCACACAUUAAUUUCAUACAAUCAUACUGAAUAGACUCAAUGGUCACAAUAUGUAGCAUGGUGAACCACUUUUUACAAGGCUGGGCAAGUUAACUAAUUAUUUUAUAAUACAAAAAAAUGUAAGUUAAGUUUAAAGUUAAAAAUUACUUUUUUUAUUUAUUUAACUCGUUAAAAGUUAAUUUGAAAAAAAGGAACUUACCUUAGUUAAAAAUAAGGUCUUCUUUUUUACGUUAAAAUUAAUUACAUGAAAGGUCACUGGAAACAAUACAAAUAAAAUGUUAUGAACAAAUAAUAAUUGUCGACGACCCAACAAAUUUAUUGCUUAAUAGUUCAUAUAUUAAAAUCAUUCUGGGUUUUCUCGUUAAGUUAGAAGUUACUUACAAAAAAGAAUCUCGUUAAGUUAGAAGUUACUUAUGAAAACAAAAGUAACUUAGUUAAAAGUAACUUAACUUUUUAAUUCGUUAAUGCCCAGCCUUGACUUUUUAAGCCAAGGCUUAACAUUUAUGAUCCCAAAUAAAAAUGUUUGUCAUACCACUAGUUGUCAAAAAAAAGUACUUUCAGUAUUUGCUGGUUAGCUUAUUAUAUUAUAUAUUCUACAAAAACUAUAUUUAUUGUGUACAAAUAUAUCAACUAUUAAAUAAAAUGUCUGUUUAGGCUUAAUAUUUGAUUCAUAAUAUAAUGAACCAAAAAAUGUAGAGAAAACUAUGGUUAUACCUCUCAUAAC